UGGCACCAUCAUUUUCCACUUGGACACAACAGACGAAAUCUGACGGCGAUGAGGACACCGGAGUGAAAGCUGAGAUCGUACAAAACUCUGGAACUCCGCAUAGCGCCAAUACCACGCAGAUGGAGGCAUGCUCACUGCUAUUAACCUCACUUCUCCUACCUGCUGUAGCAUAAGCCUCUUCUCUUCCGCUUCCUCCAAAUCCCCGUCGCCACCACGAGCUCGCGUCUCCGCUCUCUGCCGUUCCUCUCUCUCCGUUGCAGAUAUGGACAGUGGUGCAGGUCCAAGUCUGUUUCCAUUGCAUCGUUGCAAAACUCUUCACCUGAUUGCCUUCUUUCUUGGCUUUUGCUCGCAAAUUCCAAGGCAUUGUGGUCUUAUAAAACCAUACAUUCAGGUGAGGCAUGCACAAGGGAUCCACAAUGUAGAUGGAGAUAAGAAUUACAAAGCCUACUUGUCUCCUGCAUUUUUUGAUGCACAACUUACUCACCUAGGUUGGCAGCAGGUUGAUAAUCUGCGUAAACAUGUUCAUGCAUGUGGGCUUGCUAAGAGGAUUGAAUUAGUUAUUACAUCUCCUUUGUUGAGGACCAUGCAGACAGCUGUUGGAGUAUUUGGUGGUGAGGGCUACAAAGAUAGGAUGGAUGUGCUGCCACUGAUGGUGGCAAAUGCAGGGGAAUGUAACCGAUCUGCAAUUUCAAGUUUGGACUCCCCCCCAUUCCUUGCAGUAGAACUUUGUCGCGAACAUUUGGGAGUUCAUCCUUGUGAUAAGAGGAGAAGCAUCAGCGACUAUCAGUUUCUUUUCCCUGCCAUUGAUUUUUCACUGGCAAAAAGUGACGAGGACAUAUUGUGGAAGGCCAAUGUUAGAGAAACCAAUGAAGAAGUUGCGGCUAGGGGAUUGAAGUUCAUGAAUUGGUUGUGGACACGGAAAGAAAAGGAAAUAGCAAUUGUCACCCAUAGUGGAUUCUUGUUUCAUACACUAAAUGCAUUUGGAAAUGACUGUCACCCUCUGGUGAAAACCGAAAUAUGCAAGCACUUUGCAAAUUGUGAACUCCGAUCGAUGAUCAUUGUGGACAGAAGUAUGGCAGGGUCAGAUUCAUCAACAACUAAUUAUCCCGGAAAAAUUCCUCCUGGGCUUGACCUCCCUAGUGAUAUUGCUGAUGGAAAGCUUGAAAACGAAGCACGUAAUUCUGGAUUGACAUAGAAAAAGUGCGCCUAGUUCAUUAGCCAAACUGGAAUGUGGAGGUGAAUUUCUAUAAUUUGUCAAUAUCAUUGUUGGAAGCACUGUCUUGUUGAGGCUCUAUUUCAUACUACAUAUGCUGUUGUGCCUUUUAAUGAGGCCAUUUUAAGACCUAGUUACAUGAAAAUUGUGGCCCUGCCAAUAGUGAAAUGCCUUUGAUCA